AUGAAGUUUACCUAUUUCCUCGAAAUAUGCCUUCUUAGCCUUGCGGCAUACGGCUCGCAACUCCCGCUCAAAGGCCAUGAAUGGCAUCCACCCGUGCCAGGAGACAGCCGCUCUCCCUGUCCCGGUCUCAACGUCAUGGCAAACCACGGCUUCCUCCCCCGUUCAGGCAAAGACAUCGAUCUGACUGCGGUCCGAAACGGCGUCAGCCAAGCCUACAACUUCGCUCCAACCACUUUCGACAGUGCUUUUGAGCAAGCCAUUGCUUUUAAACUUUCAACCACCGGCAACGCAUCGACUUUCAACCUCGAGGAUCUCAAGAAACAUGACGCCAUCGAGUUUGAUGGCUCACUGUCUCGCAACGACGCCUAUUUCGGAGAUGAUAAUAGCUUCAACCACGCUAUUUGGUGGACUACGGCCCUUAGACUCCGUCUUUAUGACUAUGGACUUUUUGGAAAGGAUACACAUGUUACCGUUGAGACGGCUGCUAGAGCCCGUGCUGCGCGCGUACGGGAUGCGAUGGCGUUUAAUCCGGAUUUCAACGCUUCUAUCGCCGAAAUGAGCGGCAGUCCUGGUACGACGGCUCUGUACUUGACUACUUUGUGGGAUGAUGAAGCAGAUGCAGCACCAAAGGCAUGGAUCAGGGCUUUCUUCGAGAACGAGCGCAUCCCGUACCUUGAGGGAUACCAACCACCUAAGGUAGCAAGGAACAAUGAUGCUAUUGGUGCUAUGUUUGCAAGGGUUACUGCAGUCAAUGUUUCCGAUGUACUUGGCUAG